GCAGACUCAGUGUUUUAGCCAGAGAAUACCCAAUAGGAGCAUCUGCACAUCUCCACAAAAAUGGAGACCAUUCUGCCUGUUCUGUUUCUGUGUCCAUUUCUACUUUUGACCACGGUGAUAUCAGAGCACGACAAAGAAUGUGGUCGGCCUGAGCUGCCUGCCAACGUUCAAGUGGAAGGGCUCCAUAAAUACUUUAGCCCCGGUUCUGAAUUAGUGCUGUCUUGUAAACCUGGAUACAGACGUCUAUUUGGGCCGCACAAGAUUGUCUGUUCUGUCAGCGGACAGUGGACAAAAACAAGGAUGAUGUGCACACGUAGGUGGUGUCCCUUUCCUGAUGAAUUGCUGCAUGGAGACGUGUAUUAUGAAGACGUUUUCUACCAGUGUACUGUCAACUAUACCUGCCACGAAGGGUACGUCAUGAUUGGAUCUAGUACUGCCGAGUGCUUAGCCAAUGGAACAUGGAGUGCCGCGGUACCAGAGUGCAAGCCUGUGACCUGUGGUCUUCCCGAAAUCCCAGAGUUUGGAAUGAUAAUUUACAACAAGCAGAUCAAAGGGAACAUCACUGAUUUUGGUGUUACUGGUACAUAUGAGUGUCAUCCUCCGUAUGUGGUCAUUGGCAAUGCAAGAGCAGAGUGUACUCAAGAUGGCACCUGGACCAAGCCACCAAAAUGUCAAGUGGUGACGUGCCCUCCACCAGAGAAUAUUGAUCACGGUUACAUAUCAAGCAAUCACCAGAGAGAAUAUGAUUACAUGGAAAAAGUCAGUUAUGGUUGCCAUGGAGACUAUGUACUUGAAGGAAUCCUGCACACUGUUUGCCAGAAGAAUGGAAACUGGUCUGAAAAGCCAUCUUGCAAAGCUCCUUGCAGUGUUGGUAUACACAGAGGAAGGAUAUUAUACAAAGGACAAAGACUCUGGAUUAAAGAACUGAACCCUAACAAAGUCUUACACAAAGAUUUAGUCUCAGUCUACUGCUUGGACACAUCCAGGCACUGUGGAUAUGCAGUGCCUACCCAGUGCAUUGAUGGAAAUCUCAAAAUCCCACCAUGCUUUGAAGAGCCCAGUGAUUUUACAUAUAAAUUUCACUCAAGCUUGCUUCCAUCUGAAAUUGAACAGUGCUGAAAAAUUCCUUUUUUGAUCAUCAAUAAACUUGUAUGAAAUGCAUGCUCGUGUCUUCUACUCUCAGAUAUGAAAUGGCAAACUCCAGCAGGUUUAUUUUU